AUGGGUUUUACACCGUACCAACUGUUUCUUGCCGGUUUGAUGUUAGUAACUGGUACGAUCAAUACGUUAUCAACGAAAUGGGCUGAUCGACAAACAUCUGAGUUUUGCGAUGGAACGGGUCAGAAUGUUACAUUUGAGCAUCCGUUUCUUCAGGCGGUCGGUAUGUUCAUCGGUGAAUUCUUAUGUCUGUUAGCUUUCAAAUUCAUUUGGUACUCUACUGCUCGGUAUCGUAUUGAACAAAUGACAUAUAAGGGUGAUGCAUCAUCGACACUUGUGCGUUUAUGGCCUAUCAACAUCAAGAAAGAUAUUCGUCUAGUCGAUGGUGAACAAGUAUUUAAUCCAUUGAUAUUUUGGAUAGCAUCCAUCUUUGAUAUGCUCUCGACAUGUUUAUCUUAUUUUGCAUUGAAUCUAACUACUGCAAGUUCUUUUCAAAUGUUGAGAGGUUCAGUCAUGGUUUUCACGGCUCUUAUGAGUAUAUUAUUUCUAAAGAAGAGACUCAACGGCAUUCAGUGGUUAGGCAUUGGUACUGUUGUCAGUGGUUUAGUUGUUGUUGGUGUAUCCGAUCUGUUAUUUGACAAAACACCAGAGGGUAAUCAUAGCAGUGGCGAAAAGGUUGCUGGAAUUCUUCUUAUUCUCUUGGCAAUGUUGUUUACUAGUGGUCAAGUUGUCUACGAGGAGCGAUACAUUGGAAAAUACAACAUUCCACCGUUACAAGCUGUUGGUUGGGAAGGCAUCUUUGGUUUCCUUACUCUCAGUCUUGUUAUAAUCCCAUUCCAUUUCAUCCAUCUGUCCACCUCAAAUAGCGGUCCAGAGCAUCGACUUGAAGAUGUCCCGGAAGCAUUCUGUCAAAUGGGCCAUAAUUACAUAAUCAUCAUAGCAACAGUUGGAAACGUACUCUCAAUUGCAUUUUUCAAUUUCGCUGGUAUAUCCGUCACCAAAGAAUUGUCAUCAACCACGCGAAUGGUGCUCGACAGUGGUCGAACGUUGAUCAUCUGGGCAGUGUCACUAGCACUGAGCUGGCAAAAAUUUUACCCGUUACAAAUCGUCGGUUUCGUUCUUUUAGUUAUCGGUAUGGGUAUUUACAACGGUGUGUGGCAAAGUUUAUACCGUCAAUUUUUCGGUCGACGAGCUGAUGAUCAAGCAGCGCUGAUACCCGAUUAUACUGUUGCCAACCCGUACGCAAUAUCCAAUCCAGCAAAUGUUCCAACAGGUGCAGGAAUGUAUGUCCCAUCUGAGAAAGAUUCAAUCAAUAAUACAUGA